GCGCUCGCAGUCCUAAGAAGAUAAACUCUGCUCGGACACCGGCAGAAAAAUAGAGAAAAGAAGAGAGAGACAGACAGAGAGAUAUAGAGAGAAAGAGAGAGACGAUUAUUAAUCAUUCCUACGUUUUCCCGCUCCCAUUUCUUACGUUUUUUUCCCGAAGCGAGGCGAUGCGACGUCGGCGACAAGGACGAGGUGAUCGUUGCGACUGAUUACGCGCAACUUCUCACUGACUACUGAUUGUGAUUGGGCAGGGCUGGUAAGUGGCGGUUUACACGAGAAGCGGCUGCUGAACGAUCUGCUGGACUCGUACAAUGUGCUGGAGCGGCCGGUGGGCAACGAGUCCGAACCCCUAGUGCUGAGCUUCGGCCUCACGCUCAUGCAAAUAAUCGACGUCGACGAGAAGAAUCAGUUGCUCAUCACAAAUCUUUGGCUGAAACUGGAAUGGAACGACGUGAAUAUGAGAUGGAAUGUCUCAGACUACGGAGGUGUGCGAGACCUUAGAAUCCCGCCGCAUCGGCUAUGGAAACCCGAUGUCCUUAUGUAUAACAGCGCCGACGAGGGCUUCGACGGCACUUAUCCCACGAACGUCGUUGUAAAGAACAAUGGAACCUGCUCAUACAUACCGCCCGGUAUAUUCAAGAGCACUUGCAAGAUAGACAUUACCUGGUUUCCCUUUGAUGAUCAGCGCUGCGAGAUGAAAUUCGGCUCCUGGACGUACGACGGCUUUCAGUUGGAUCUGCAGCUGCAAGACGAGGGCGGGGGUGACAUCAGCAGUUUCAUCACUAACGGCGAGUGGGAUUUGUUGGGAGUACCUGGUAAGAGAAACGAAAUCUAUUACAAUUGCUGCCCGGAACCGUACAUAGACAUCACUUUCGUCGUCAUCAUCAGAAGACGCACACUCUACUACUUUUUCAACCUGAUCGUUCCGUGCGUUCUAAUUGCCAGCAUGGCCGUCCUCGGGUUCACCCUGCCACCCGAUUCCGGCGAGAAACUCUCCCUCGGAGUAACCAUCCUCUUGUCCCUCACUGUGUUCCUGAAUAUGGUUGCCGAGACAAUGCCGGCGACGUCUGACGCUGUGCCGCUUUUAGGAACGUACUUCAAUUGCAUCAUGUUUAUGGUAGCCAGCAGCGUGGUCAGCACGAUUCUCAUCUUAAACUAUCAUCAUCGAAAUGCUGACUCCCAUGAAAUGUCUGAAUGGAUUAGGGUAGUUUUCCUAUACUGGCUGCCUUGUAUACUCCGUAUGUCGAGGCCAGAGCAAGACGAGGACAAGGAAGUACAUAAAUCUCAGAAGCCAUCUCCGGUUACGGGUGCGAGCAAGUCGUAUGGCGAUCUGGAGCUCCACCAGAGGAGUAGUAAGUCUCUGUUGGCGAACGUCCUGGACCUGGACGACAACGCGUUGGCGUCUCACAAUAAUCUGCUGAACAACGUGUAUAGCACGCCCGGGCCGCACCACGCGCACGCGAUGGGUCACGGCCACAGUCACAUACACACGACACCCCAUCAUCAUCACAGCCACGCACCCACGACGCCGCACCAUCAGCACGCGACGGCGCUGCCGCACUCAUCGUACCCCAUGACACCAGGCCACCAGAUCUCGCAUACGCCGCACCAUCACCCACAUCCGCAAGACGCGUCAGGGCCGCAGGUCGAAACGAUACUCCAGAACGCAUGCUUCUGCGCUCGUUACGAGCUUGUGCUAAUCCUGAAGGAGAUUAAGAUAAUAACGAAUCAGCUAAAGGCCGAGGAUGAGAACACGAAGAUCACGAACGAUUGGAAGUUCGCGGCGAUGGUGAUCGAUAGGAUGUGCCUAAUCAUUUUUACUCUGUUCACCAUCAUCGCUACCAUCACCGUCCUGCUAUCGGCGCCGCACAUUAUCGUCACGUGAUUCAGAAAAGCCAGUCUGCCGCCGGUGGUUCCGGGGCUGACGAGGAUCUCGCCGACGGUCAUCUUCGCUCCAGCGAAGCACCCGCCCUUCCCGUUAACCGGAUUCUGCCGGAUCGGCCACGAGGGUGCUCGCCUCCGGGUUCGCAUGCCGCUUCGUUUCGGAGACCUGCGCGUUAGGAAGAAAGCAAUACGGGGAGUAACUUCGUUUCUUUAUGAUAUAUAUACUAAUACCAGUAAAAAUGAAAAUAAUAACGCUAUCGAUAAUGAGAAUAACGAUAAUAGUAUUAAUAAUAAUUACGUAAUAGUAACGGUAAAAAACUUUAUCGUAUAUAAUUAUCCCACGAGGACGCCUUAGCGAAACACGUUGACACACCGUUUUCAAGACAGCGCGAGCUCGCGCGCGCAAGAGCAAAGGGACACGUACACGGGGACACGCGGGGAGUACGAGACACACGUAUGCGAAGACAUGUACAUUGGUUUGUUACACGCAUCCCUGAGAGCAGUCGAACAAGGUAGCCGAAAACGCCUUGUAUAGCUGAAAUGGUACAUACAUUUUCUCGAACGAGAAUUAAACGAUUAGUUCUAUACAAAAUUCAAUUACGUUUUCACCGGGGUAAAAACGUAAUCGGUCGAAUCGAGACGAGUCUGUCCUCCGCGACUACUACUUAGGGAUGUACCACACAUACACAUACAUACAAAUGCACGUAACAUCAUACGAGCGACGAUACGCACGGAAGCGUGAUUUGCCAAUGAGUUAAAAAUACUCCGAUGCAGCCCAAAGUUAAUACGAUGUAGAAAUCUCCGAAUGUACACAAGGAUCAGUAUUGUUAGCGUUAAGAGACCCUUGUAGCGGAUGUAACAACCUAAAUGAAUUUCGUGAAGAAUUAAAUUCGAGUAUCUCGAAGAACUUUGGAAAAAUUCUUAAUGAUAUACACAAUUAUAUAAAAUAAAUGAGAAAUAUAAAUAUAAAUGAUAGCAUGCUAAAAAAAAUUGAUAUAAAAUCAAAGUUUUAAAAUAUUUGAUUUUAAAAUUCUUGAAAAUAUAUAAGCAACAGAAAAGAGAUUCGGGGAUUACUAUAUGUAAUUUGACAAUGGUUCUCGUCUAGGGCGAUAUGCGAAUAGAAGCGAUUGGAAAUACAGGCGACGAUCACCAAUUCUUUUGAGCUGUAUAAAACUAAAUGACGAAAAGAAACAGAAAAGAAAACGAUGAUAAAAAAAGAGAAACGAGACGAAGGAGAAGAAGGAAUGGGCUUUAGAGGUAAAACGCACACGCAUACACUCUCAGAAUACACAUGAUGAACUGCCAAGGUGAUUCAAAUAAUGCCAGUGAAUUUUCUUAUCCGUAUCAUUAGUAUGUAAAAAUCGACGACGACUUAAUAAACGGGGAAUUUGUACUACGAUUUAAAAGCGGCGGUCAUAUAACAUAAAUAGUCUCUCGGGGAGAGAAGAGAGAAGAGAGAAAAAAAAUCCGAAGGACACUGUGGAAGGACGUAGAAAGCGGGCGCAGAAAAAUGAAGGACGAUUGUGUGGUUGUUCGAUAAAAUUUUUGCUUGAACUGAUUCAGUGUUUCGAGCGCAACGCACUUCCUUUCCCUAGUGUCCGCAAACGCGUGCGAAUUGUUUGUAUCAUCGAUUUGCAUUCUCGUCGCACAUUUAACGCUAAUAUCUGGUCUAUUUUGAAUAAAAAAUUUCAUGUGUAUCGAAAUAUUAAACAGCCGUAUUUAACGUUAAACACAGUUUUAUAUCUAGUUUCUACGUUUCGAGAAUCAAACAACCGUCGAGUUGUUUGACAAAUUGUUCUCGAGUUUUAAAUUUGAAAAAACAAGACGGGUACAUUUACCGUUGAAUGUGCAUUGAGAAAGUGGAUCAUUAUCUCUCGCAUUACACGUAGAUAAAAUGCGGAUUUACGCGGACACACUUACACUUUCUGGUACACAGUAAAUAGAAACACUAAUGUACCUUUUUGUCUGACGUGCAUCAAUCUUUCUCUUUCCUAUAAGAAUUCCAUUACAAGAAUCAUUAUCGCGGAAAUAAUGUACCUUCUUUCUGACAUCGAAAAACCGUUUAAGAACGCAAAAGUUAAAAAUGGAACUUUAAUUUCUUUUAUAUUAGAGAAAAAAUGUGAUUUCAACGUCCCUCGCGUUUUGUUACCGCAUCUUCAAAAAAAAUCGCAGCGCAUUUCCGCUGAUAAACAUUAAGUAUCGCGCGAUUGCAAAAAUUGAAAAACUAUUCUAUACAUAUAUCAAUAUCGCAAUGUUAAAUAUUACGAUCAAGGUGUUGGUUUGCGACAAAUAUUUCUUUCAUCCGCAAGGAACAAUAGAGAAACAUGACUUUACUUUUAAGUACAUUUAAAAAAUUAAUACGCGUCGCGUUCUCUAUUAAUUUACAAGCCGCUCGAGAGUUGUGGUAGAAAAUCGCGGGAGCGACGAAGUCGAUUAGUCACGAUAGGAGAAAGAAAAAGCAACGUGGGAUGGCGACCGAUAAAGAAAGGAAGUUGCUCUUGCUCACGGACAGACACGUAGGCGGACGCCGUCUCGACGAGACAUCGGAGAGACGAACUCAAGUCGUAUUGUACAUUUUUCAGCUAUCGGCACUGGAUACGCGACAACCAAUCACGUUAUCUUUUAAAUAUGUACUAUUAAAGAUUAUUAAAGUAAUAAACCGUUGUUGAUCAUGUUGCGUUGCGGGCUGAAUUACGCAUAGAAGUACGAUAAAAACUAUAAAACGGUGUGUUUUGAUCUCUAGCGCGCGAACGAUUAAAAAAAUAAAAGAUAUAAACAGAAUAAUGUCGAAUUGUAUUGCAUUAAACUCGUAAGGGAGAUAGAGAGUACAUUACAUUACAUAGACGAGAAAAACGCGGUUAAUCACUAUAAGUUUAUCACUAUAAUCACUAGUUAACAAGAAAUCAAAGAAAUAAUUCGCCAAAAAAAGAUGCAUAGUUCGAGACAUCGAUACAUACAUUUUAAUGCCGGAAGAGUCAUCCUUUAUGCGAUAAAAAUUAACAUGCGGCUUAAUAUCAGUCUUUCAUUAACUCGAUAACAUAAUAAAAAUUAGAAUAAGCUAUUCAAAUAUUACGAUUCAAAUAAAAAGACAUUUAUUUUCAAGCUACAAAAUGCCAUUGUGUGUUGUUUUUAAAGAAAGAUGUAAAAUAGAGGAUUUUCAAUGCCCUAAUAAUUUUUGUCGCUGCAGGAAUAUGUCCGGCUCCAUCGUUCCUUUUUACGUGCGUUUGCUGUAGUUCAAGUUGGUGGAAAGAUGAUUAACAAUGCCGAUUUAUUGCAAUUAAGGGCAUGCAGGAAAAUGCGCCAUCAGUUUUUUUUUACAAAGUAGAAAGAUGUGGCUAAACUUCAUGUCCCAUUCUAUCUAGUUACUUCUUUCUUUAAAAUGAUGAUUAUCUUUAAGAUCGCAAUACAAAGGCUGUUUCUUAUUAAUGUAAUCAAUUUUUUCAUAUUUAUUGUUAGUAAGAUAUAUGUGCGUUCUUAAAAUAUUGCCACAUUAUUUCAAGUCAUUCAGUACAUUAAAAAGGAGUAAUUUCAUUGCUAUCGCGUCGAAAGUAGGGCUUCUUAAUUAAUGAAGCCUUUGCUUGUUCGCUCUAAAUUUGCGAAUUUAACCGCAAUUGUUAUACGCAAAAAAUAAUACGCGUAUCAGAUCGAGAUUAAUUACACUGGCACUGCGAUUAAUUACAUCGCAAGUGCAAAAUUAAUCUAGAAGCAGCGAUAUAUAUGGAUUACGAGUCCUAGAACAUUACGGGUAUCAAAAAGUCGUGUUAGCGAAGCAAACGCGUGAUUUUAAUGUAUAAUCAAGAUUUAACGAUUAGAUAGUAAAAAAAAAAGAAAAUAAUACGUUUUACCACGAUACGCGAUACUGUACGACGAUACUUGUUCUAUAAUUAUACUUGUAAAUGUGUAUUAUCACAUAUCGUAAUGAGAUUUACGUCGAAGACAGAAAAUUGCUCACUGUAAUUCGUCGCUAACGACUGCUGAUUUAUUUUCCUAUAAAUUAAUAAGCGCACCGCGAGCGACGGUAGAAACAACCGAUUUUUCCCUUUACGCGGAAGUAGCUAGAAGUUUUUGACGAUAAAAAAUAUAGGUAAAAACGAAACAACGCGAGAUUUCCGGUAUAGAAUGAUGCAACUUUGUAUCAAGAAAGGAUAAGAUUUUGAAUCUAUUGCACAAUAACGAAUAAAUAACAGAGAUUAAAACUGAUGCUCAUGGCUAAGUUAAAUAAAUCUGAUAUAAUAUGCCAGAUUCUCUGAAAUCUUUCUUCACGCCGUGAUGCAUAGUUGUUCAGUUUUAUAGUAUACAAAAUUCAAACGAUUACAUUGUUAUACAAUAUAAUGGGCUUCUUCCCGCGAUUUCCGCGACGAGAAACCAAAAGAAGAAGAACUAUUACCAUCGAUGAUCUUUCUUGCUGAAAGAGAUUCUCAGGAAUCAGCAAAUUCUUGAACAUUACAAAUUCGUAUAAAAGUGGAUUUUAAAAUUCAGGCGGAACGUGACACACUUUGCGCGAAAAGUUUCCACCUCCUUGAACUCGAUAUAGACAGUUUUCCGAAGAUAACGCAGCAAACGUACUCAGGCAUGGUGUGAUCCGCCUAUGCUUUAGUAGGCGAGAAUAAUGGAUGGUUAUAAGUCUGAAAAAUUUACUACUUAUUCGGUGAGAUAGAUUAAAUUAAAAGGACAUUAAUCAAUUUAUUAUUACCUUUUUUUUUAACUUAUACAAAUAAAAAGUAGAAUUUUUCAAUUUCAAAAGUUUUAAUUAGCUUUCAUUAUUUCAUAUUUGAUAAAUUAAUAUAUACGUACAUUGGUAUAUGUUUUUAUAUAAAUAAUUACAUGGCGCAAUUAAUUCUCGUAUGCAAAUUUAAUGUUUUUUUAAUAUAAUAUAUUUUAACUUUAAUUUUUUUAAUUCUAAAUUUGGAGUUACAAAGAAUAACUAGAAAAAUAUUUCUCUUUUUCUUGAAGAAAGAUGAGAAAUUCUAUAAAAUGUAUCAAUUAUUUUUAGACUUGUACACAACUGUUUUUCCUCAAAUUAAUUUGUAAAACUUAAACGAGAGCAGCAGUAAAUAAGGAAAUUUCCGUACAAAUUGACCAUUUUAAGUAAACGACUGAAUAAGAGACGACUGAAUAAAAGAAAAGAGGGUAGAGUAUGAGAAAAAAAUGAAUAAGAUAAGCGGCAUUAACGUGACUUGCGCCUUUAAAAUCGACAACUCAGCUUAAUACGCGCGGGGCUGUUAUAUAUAAACUGUAAUCUUGUAAAAAAAAAGAAUAUUAAUAAUGAUAACGAGUUAGUGCUAACAAUUAACGAUAACGAUAAAUGAUAAUAUUACUAUUAUUAAUAAUAACAAUAAUAAUAUUAAAACGUAUUAGCUAUGAGACUCUUUGCCUGUACGAAAUGUUGAAAUCUCCUUUCUACACCAUUAAUGUACGAUUAAGUCGAUUUCCGCGAGUCGAAUCGUUCUCGAUUAAUGUAGUUGCGGCGGACAGAAAGAUAGAUAAAAAAAAAAAGAAAUUGAAUAAAUAUGUGAGUUAAAUAAACAAAGGUUAAUAGACUCAUAGGAUAUUGUAGUAGUGCAGAUGUACAGGGUGAUGCGACAAAAAAGGAAAUCCGGCAGUGCGACGUGAGCGAUUUUUUGAACGUCUCGUCCAUCAAUCGAUGUGAAAGGCAAGGAAUAAUCGCAAUAAAAUCGAAAGCAGAUCAGAAAAUGUACCAAAAAAAUAUAUGUUAAAGAUUGCUAUUAUUCUUAAAAAAUAAAAUAAUUCAAUACGAAAAUUACAAACGAUGAGCUUCGUUUUAUCGAGCCGAUGUGACAUUCCCGUCGUGACGUGGAGAUUAACCCGUUAUACCCAAGCGUAAAUUUUUCUUCAAUUUAGAAUAAAGAGCCAUAUAAAUAUACACUACUCUCUGUAAUUUUUUUUUUUCUUACAUACGGGUUAUAACGAGUUAAAUCAUAUGCGAGUUUCGUAGCACUUCUUCUUCACUUGACUCCUAUAUUAAUUACUCGAGCGUUUUAAAGACUUACCUAAGGACUUAUUACGAUAGAGAUAAUUACGAUUGCUCAUCGAUUAUGCCUGUCGUUUAAGUGUCAAGACAAUCCCCUGAUGACUCCAAGCGGCUGACGACGAAAACUAUACUUCUCGAUAUAUAUAAUACUACCUCUAAUUAACACGAGAGAUUAAUUCGAUGGAGACAUAUAUAUAUGUGUGUGUGUGUAUAUAUAUUUUCUGUCGUGUGUAAUUUAUUGUAAGGUCUAUUAUACUAUAGCAUGCCAAAGUCUUCCGCCAUUAGUCGCCUAGUAUAGCUGACGAGUUUUCUCGGUUGCGAAACUCUCGCGAGAUCAUCAGCGUAAAUCGCGCUCGCGUGAACUGAUCCCGUUUGCGCUAAUAUCGUUCAAGAAGAUAUAAUUAACGUUCUGGAGAACGCUCGCGAAAGUCGUUGCAACUGCUCAUUCAGCUGUUCAGCGUUAGUAGCUCGCUGUGAUGUAAGUAGUCGAAGCUCUAGCGACAAAUUUUACGCUCGUAGAUCUGACACUGAAACUAGCCGCACGACGGGAAGCGAAAGGCGACAAAAUGAGACGAAACCACCAAGAUUUUCCUUGUCCGGAUAUUUCGAGAAAUCGUAUAAUUUUAUCUUACAAGUAAACGCAUGCGUUUGCAUUCACGCAUCUUACAUGAAUAUGUCAAAAUCGCGAUCGCGUAAUUUUCUCAACGCGAAAUACCAUUAAGAUUUGAUCGGAUAAUAAUUGCAUGCGUACAUUUAAAACAAAAAAAUUAAAAUAAAACUAUAUAUUAGGCUUACGAUUACAUGAUAUGUGAAUAUUUUAAAUUUUUAACUUCAACGCGUUUCAUGAUUCACUUGAUCUUGCGAUAAUGAUCGCAUCAAUCAUAAUGUUUUUCAAAUGUGCGAAGCUUUGGGCUGACUUUGACAGUGUGAAUUUUUCAUAAUAAAUGAUUCACACGCAUGCUUUUGAUGAAGAGAGAACGAGAAAUUAUAUUAGUAAAGAUUAUUUUUACUAACCUGUGUCACAGAGAAUGAAGUGUUAAAGUUGUCAAAGAAAACAAACAUAAUUACGCUUCUUACUUUUUAAAGAAGCCACACACUUUGGAUUGGUAGAGACGUUCAAAAAAUUGAUGAUCCCUUGCCUGUUUUAUUAGACCGCUCUUUAUAUAUACACGUACAUAUGUAUUAUAUAUAUACGCGACAGAGAUUUAAUUAUAUCGACGAUACAUAGCGUGUAAAUCGUUGCUCGCGCUCAGCCCCGUUGUUAAAUUAAGCGAAACGAGAUAUCGUCCGCGUAGGAUUUCGCUGCUCGUUACAUGAAUCGCGUCGUUCUGCUCAUCGUCGAUCAUCGCAUGAAAUCCUUGCAGGAAAUCUCUCUGCGAAAAAAAUUUGACAAGUCAAAGAAAGCAACAAUUGCCGUAAAAAUCAAAAAUUAAAUGUUACAUAAUAAAUGUUACAUAAUAAUUAUAAUUAUAAAUAAUGUAAAUAUUUUGCAAAAGUUUUAUGAAAAUAAUACAAAUAUCAAGCUGUACAACAAGCAAGAGAUUUUUGAAUUGAAUGGAACACACAACGAUCGACUAUAAAAAAAUCUAUUCCGAUAUUCUUUCGAGUGUAAAAAAAGGUUUACGCGUCCAAUCUCGAGUUAAAUCGUUGUUGAUGGAGAACGAUUGUACAGAGAGAUACAGAGGAUAUUUCCGCUAUAAAACUACACCAUCGUAUUUACAUUUGAUGGCUUGUGGAGCCAUCACGACAGAAUUGGAAAAGCAAAACGACGCUUUUCGUGCCAUCAUACGCAGCGACGCAGAUUUCGAGUGUCACGUUAUCAUCGUCGUAUCGUUUUGUCGGCGCGAUUCGGGGCAAGGUUUUGUGUGUAAAUUCCACUGUGCCAUUGUUUGUACAGAAUUACAAUGAUCAAUUGCCCGGAUUGAUCGGUCGAUUAGCGCGAGCGAGCGAAAGCGCGGAAACAAGGAAAAAAAAAGAGAAGUAUUUAAGAUAGGCUCGUGCGCGUAUCUUUUUUCACGACGAUGGCGAGUUAAUAAAUUAGAUUAACUGAUUAGGUGAAGCGUAAGUUCAAGUGCCAAAUUUGUAGCUAAUCCUUAAAGCGUAAACGAGCGCACUGCGGAGCGAACGUGCUACGUAAUAGGGCUGAAUAGGAAUGUAAUUAACGAGAAAGAUCAUAAGGCGGCGCGGAAAUCGCGUAUAAUUGGAUCGAUUAUGAAUUAAUCCGUUACGAGAGGAUCGGGGAGAGUCUGCGAAAUUACUUCGCGAUUUGUUAUAAAUUUGUUAGAGAAAUGUCCCUUGCCGAUUUAUUUCGCAAUUGCAUUAAGUUUAAUAAGCUGUAUUCUGAGAACAAAAUUAAAUAAUUGUAAUAAUGACAUUAUUAAUUAUUCUUUAUGGCAGAAUUAAAUUUCAUUUAAGCAAAAAGAAAGAUAUAACGUCGAUCUUUAUAUGUUAAAAUAAAAUAUACAUGACAUUCUCUUCGAUUAGAUCGACAGCAAAACAUAUAAUGUACUAACAAAAGUAUUAAUUUUGUUUAGCUUUAUAUUUGUCUUAAAUUUCUAUAUGCUUUAUCUCAAACGCAGAACGUUAGUGCCAAGUAAUUCUCGAAUUUAUUGCGCGAGACGAGAGAAAGAGAACAAAUUCCUGAGUUCGAUUCGAGCGAAUAUACAUAUUUUGCGUCAGAAUUCCGCAGUAAAAGAAAGACGCACAGAAGAAAUGUAUUUAUAAAAAAAAAAAAAAAACAGAUAAGAGAAAAACACGUCACAGCCAAAUGAAUUUAAAAAUGAAUUUUUACACAAGUAAAACUCAGUUAUUUCCAGGCAAUACUCGUUUCCUUCCGUACUGGAUCCUCGUUCGGCUAAUUUACCACGCGCGAUUCCAUAAUAAGCUAUAUUGUCUUAUCAAAAAAAGAAAAAAAAAAGAUAAAAGUAUUCGCGCUGGAUGAUUAGCGAAAUAGCGAGGAAGAAAAAUAAUUAUCAAAAAUUACCGCAAGAGAAAUAAUGAUAAUGAUAACAAACAAAUAAAUAAAUAAAAGCGAAACUAUUAAAAAAAAAAAAAAAUCACAUGUACCACUAAACAUAAACUAUAUAUAUUUAAACUAUUGAUUGCUAAAGUCAUAUUCGUAAUAAUGAAUAAAAAGAAAUGAUUAAUAAUCGAUUAACUGAAUAUUAAAAGCUAGCCUGUAAUCAAUAGCGACGUAGUUAUACUCUGACAGUAAUUAUAGGGGUGAUUCAGAGGUAGUCUAUUAGCAGUUAGGGUCGAACUUUAUCGAGAUCACUUUCUCUCUAAACUAACGAUGAAGAAAGAAGGAGUUAUACCUAAUUAUCUCUCAAUGCUAACCUAUUGAAUUUAACAGAACGUAAAAACCGCGCUGAUGCGAUUUCAGAAGACCGAUUAUAUAUAGAACGCGAUCUAACUCUCUUCGUUAUCUACCUACGCCUAUAUCUUUAUUCCCUAUGUACUUAAAAAAAAAAAGUCACGUAUUGUCCACCGUUACAAUCAAUCGUUAAGAUCGACAAUGGUGUGCGUUAUCGAUCGCCAUCGAGAAUACGAAGGAAAGUGUAAAAAAGACGCGAGAAUGUAUGAAAUGAGUUACUAUGUUUCCGUAGACCCUGGUGGGACGAUGCAAUUGAACUGAACUCACCCGAUCUCACUUGACUUUUAAUUAUGCCUCUGAACAACAGCCUGGUCCGAUAAUAGUAAAUCUAUACCACGAAGGAGAUAUAAGAGAGCGUGAAUAAAAAUUUGUUAUAUUUCUACGCUGGGCUCCUUUUCGAGGCAACGUUGAUCGAUAUGAGAAUCCCUGUUAACUGGUGAGCACUAUAAUCGCCGCAUUGUAAUAUUAUUAACAUUAUUACGUUAUUAUGAAAUUGU